UCCGGCGCAGCCAUCCUACGUACCUUGGAGGCCCCGCUAUUCCAAGCAGAUCAAGUUGCGAGAACGUGGUCAGCCCAGCCAAAGUUAUUUAAUCUACUUGCGGAACCCACAUUCCAGCUUGCUUGUUGGUCCUCUCCUCUCACCCAAACUGCGAUCACUCCAAACUUCGAAAGAACUUCAACCUCCCAAGCCCAGAAACCAAACGUCUCGAACACAUUAGCAACCGCCCGUCGCAUUAUUAACAGCAAAACACCGUCACAAUGCCUUUCACCGCUAGCGACAUCUGCAAGAUCAUUUUUGCCGUAAUCCUCCCGCCGCUCGGCGUGUUCCUCGAGCGCGGGUGCGGCGCCGACUUGCUGAUCAACAUUCUCCUAACCAUUCUCGGCUACCUCCCCGGCAUUAUCCACGCUCUGUACAUCAUCUGCAAAUUCUAGUUCCGCCUCGUACGGUAGCGAGCUCCAGCUUGAGAGCAGCCGGCAUCUUUCCGAUCAUCCUCUCGAUUUGAACCAUGUCUCGAAAAGAUCAACGAAACAGUCACGAUGUCACGACGCAUCUGAAAACGGUGGCCUCCAACGAACAAACAAGCGGUUCGCUCGGCCAGCCAUUUUCUCGAUGAGCUACCCUGGUCUGGAUCGGGUGGGGCGCUCAGGGUAGCAAAUGACAUAAUGGAUGCAGUGACGCAGCCCCACUUGUCGGCCGCUUCACGCUGGGCGCCAAGCUGAAUUCGACGGGACUCCCGGGAGCAACGGAAGGCGUUCGGGAUGUCGGAGUUGCCCGAUGCCUGAAGACGUCGGGUAUGGGAAAUUUCAGGCAUGAUAGAUAUGGGCACGGGGUUUAGGUUUCUUCUCGCUUUUCUGCGUUCUCUCCUUUCGACAUGUUUUAGUCUCGGGGUC